AUGCCCUCCAGCCCCGAGUGCGUGGGCAGGAUCUGGCCCUGGGCACGGCUGGUGCAGACGGGCUCCCCGGGGUGGUGUGAUGGGGCUCGGGGGGGGGUCCCCCAGGAUGUUGGGGUCCUGCGGGAGGGGCUGGAGGAUGAGACGCAGAAACGGGAGGAUGCAGAGAAGAGCCUGGUGCUGUUCCGCAAGGACGUGGACGAUGCCACGCUGUCCCGCCUGGAGCUGGAGCGCAAGGUCGAGCUGCUGAUGGACGAAAUCGGCUUUCUCAAGAAGCUGCAUGAGGAGGAGCUGCGGGACCUGGAGGUGAGCGCCCCGAGCCCGGCGGUGCAGGUGGAGGUGGAGGUCUGCAAGCCGGAGCUGACGGCCGCGCUGCGGGAGAUCCGCACCCAGUACGAGAGCAUCGCCGUGAAGAACCUUCAAGAAGCCGAGGAAUGGUACAAGUCGAAGUUUGCCGACCUUUCGGACGCGGCCAACCGCAACCACGAGGCCCUGCAGCUGGCCAAGCAGGAGAUGAACGAGUCGCGGCGGCAGAUCCAGAGCCUCACCUGUGAGGUGGACGGGCUGAAGGGCAUGAACGAGGCACUGCAGCGGCAGAUGCGGGAGAUGGAGGAUGAAUUUGGGGAGGAGAUCGGGAGUUACCAGGAUGUGGUGGGGCGGCUGGAGCAAGAAAUCCAGCAGAUGAAGGAGGAGAUGGCGCGGCACCUGCGUGAGUACCAGGACCUGCUCAACGUCAAGAUGGCCCUGGAUAUCGAGAUCGCCACGUACCGCAAGCUGCUGGAGGGCGAGGAGAGCCGGAUCACCGUCCCCCUGUACCCUGCCACCUCCUUCAGCAUGAGAAGCUCAGUGCUGGAGCCGCAGCCUGCGGAGAGCCCGGUGCGGAGGAUGGUGCUCAUCAAAACCAUCGAGACGCGGGAUGGGCAGCAGGUAGUGACGGAGUCACACAAGGAACGAGCGGAGCCGGGGAAGUGA